GGAAAGAGUGAGAUGCACGUCUGUUGCACACCCGAUCCACGCGUUAAAACAAACAUCACAACCAGUGAAGAGUUCUUGCCACGUCAAAAUGGCGAUUUAACGAUCAUGUAUGAUGUAACAAGGACCUAUGAUUCAAGUUAUUGGGCACAAGUCACAAUCUCUAACCAUAAUCCUCUGGGUCGUCUUGACUAUUGGCAAUUGAGCUGGGAUUGGAUGAGGGAUGAGUUUAUCUAUUCAAUGAAAGGGGCCUAUCCUUCUGUUGUUGAUUCUACUGAUUGCAUUUUCGGUAGACAAGGCACUUAUUAUCGGGAUCUAGACUUUGCCAAUGUAUUGAGUUGUGAGAGAAGACCGACAAUUAUUGAUUUGCCUCCGACCAAGGCCAACGACACCACUCUUGGAAUGAUCCCUUUCUGCUGUCGAAAUGGUACUAUCUUGCCCUCUCAUAUGGACCCGACCAAGUCGGUUUCUGCGUUUCAGAUGCAAGUGUUUAAAAUGCCACCGGAUCUCAAUAGAUCCCAGCUUACACCUCCCCAGAAUUGGCAGAUCAGUGGCAUUCUCAACCCCACGUAUAAAUGUGGCCCUCCAGUGAGGGUAAGUCCUAGCCAGUCCGCUGAUUCAAGUGGUUUACCAUUGAAUUCGACUGCAGUUGCUAGCUGGCAGGUUGUUUGUAAUAUAACACAGGUCAAGGGUGACAGCCCGAAGUGCUGUGUUUCGUUUUCGGCUUUCUACAACGAUUCUGUCGUCCCAUGCAGAACUUGUGCUUGUGGAUGCUCGCAUAACUCGGCCAAUACUUGUAAUGCAACCGCCCCUGCAAUGCUCCUUCCACCUGAUGCACUUCUUGUUCCUUUUGAGAAUAGGACUGUCAAGGCUGUUGCUUGGGCUGGUCUUAAACAUUUCCCAAUUCCUAACCCGAAGCCUUGUGCGGAUAACUGCGGUGUCAGUAUUAAUUGGCAUUUAUAUACCGAUUAUAGAGAUGGGUGGAGUGCGAGGAUCACUCUCUUCAACUGGGACGAAGUGAAUUUUGCAGAUUGGUUUGCUGCAGUUGAGAUGAACAAAGCAGCACCAGGUUUCCAGGCAAUGUACUCGUUCAAUGCAACCACCUUGGAAUUGGAUGGUUUCAACAAUACAAUCUUCAUGCAGGGUAAUCCUGGACUGAACUAUCUCGUGGCCGAAGCGGACGGUGUUAACCCAGCGAAGGAUCCGAGGGUACCUGGAAAACAACAAUCCGUGAUCUCAUUUACAAAGAAGAACUUACCCGGUCUUAACAUGGCUGCUGGAGAUGGGUUCCCCACAAAAGUGUUCUUCAAUGGGGAGGAAUGUCUGCUUCCAAAACUACUCCCAGCCAACGACAGUCGUAGAAACAUAGCUUCAUUCAUUCCGAGCAUCCUAAUUCUACUACUCGUGUUUGUGUUUAUUCAGCAAUAACCCGGGACGGACGAGACAGGAUUACAUGAUCUUGUAGCUGCUGUUCAUUUGUUUAUUCUUUGAGGUAUUGAAGAAGAUAUAUGGAGUGAUGAGAUGAUGAAUACUCUUGCAAAGAAGCUACAUGAAGAGAGUAAAUCAAGAAAUGUUUGUUAUUAAAUGUGAUCAUUGCUCUGCCAGUGCCAGCUCUCAUGGCUUCUAUUUUUGAGCUCUAUACUUCUCUUUACAAUAUAUUGUGAUGAAGAAGAAGAAAGGGGUGUGUUCAUGUAAUUGUUUCUGAAUGACUUUUGGUGGUCAACCACUUAAAAUUUGUUGUGUAAUUUCUGUUAUUACAAUGUUACCCUUACCCCUACUUUUUCCCUUUAAUAUAUCAAUUAGACAUAUUUCUUUGACA